GACAGCGAGACUAAGAAUGGAACGAACUACGAAGCGCUGCCAAUUUUAUUUUACAUUGUAAAUUUUAGAAAUAUUUAUAAAAAAUUAAGUCACCAUGGGUUCAAGACAAAUAACAGAAAAGUCUUUAGCUAUGCUAAGAUCAUUACCAAGGGUGUCUUUAGGAAACAUACGAGAUAAUCCCGGAAGUAUGAAAGCUGCAAAACGAGGGCGGGGGCAACAUGGUGGUGAUAAACAUGGCGCGGGAAAUAAAGGUUCAGGUCAAAGACAAAAUUAUAUGAGGUUGGGCUAUGAAACUGGAAAUAAUCCCUUUUAUUUAAGAAUGCCACAGGAAUACUAUUACAGAGGGCACCAUCUCCGCAGACAAUAUCCACCCUUAUCUCUACUAGAUGUACAAAAAUUAAUUGACAGAGACUGCUUGGAUAUUACUAAACCUAUAGAUUUGGCAACCCUUGUUAAGUCUGGUCAUUACAAUUUCUUCCCAGAUCAGAAACAUUUUGGAGUCAAUCUAACAGAUGAGGGUGCUGAUAUUUUUGCAGCCAAAGUGAACAUUGAAGUUCAAUGGGCCAGUGAACAAGUUAUAGCAGCUAUUGAAAAAAAUGGAGGUGUUAUAACAACUGCUUAUUAUGAUCCACACAGCCUAUUUCUCUUGAAAAACCCUAAAAAGUUUUUUGAAAGUGGUCAAGCUAUCCCAAGGAGAAUGAUUCCUCCACCAGAUGCUAUAGAAUUUUACACAAGUGCAGAGACUAGAGGAUAUUUAGCUGAUCCAGAAAAAGUAUCACAAGAAAGGUUAAGAUUAGCUCAGAAAUAUGGAUAUGAAGUUAAGGAGUUGGAGACUGACCCACAAUAUGAUAUGUUAGUGGAAAGAAAGGACCCGAGACAAAUUUUUUAUGGUCUUGAACCAGGUUGGGUUGUCAAUUUAAAGGAUCAAUGUAUUUUGAAACCUAAUGAUGCUGAAUUACAACGCUUUUAUGCAUCUUAAAUUAUGUUCUCUUUAGUUUGUGGGAAGGACUUUGCUUCAACAUUAAAGAUUAUAUAAGUUGGCUUGAA